AUUUUCCAUCACUUACCGGGUAAGAUUAUUAGUCCUUGUUAUGUUUUUUACUGGAUAAAAUUCUCAGUCUUUACCAUACUCAUUGGUAAGAUAAGUGACACCCGGUGAAAUUUUGAUGAAUGGCCAUUUAAUUUGGGACGGAGGAAGUACAAUGUUGUGUUGAAUUUGUGAUCAUUAGAAACCGGUAUAUCCAUAUUUUUCUGAAACUAGAGGGUAGUGAAAUGUAACUUGUAAAAGAUGAAGGAUGCAUGCUGAAUGAGCCACAAAAGUUGGUGGAAAUCAUAGGAUGGCAUAGUGUUGUGUUAUUGUCUGAUUGCUCUAACAAUUCCACGCAUUAACGCAACCCUGAAUUUCUACAUCUCUAAAAUGGAAUCCUGACUAAGAUAUCCAAAUUGAAGGUGAAAUCCUCAUCUUCAAUACCCCCACCAGUACAAUUUCCCCCAAAUUAUCAUGACUUUGUGUGCCGCAGACACCGCCAGAACGAUCGCAUGUCGCGACGGCGAUGCGGCGGCGACGCUCAAGCUCAUUUCCAUGUUCGUUAUAUUCUUCACAAGCGUUGUUGGUAUAUCGGCGCCGGUGAUGCUCGCUCGUCUCUUUCAUGGCAAGCCUCUAUACGAUAAGGCGAUUUUGGUUAUUAAAUGUUUCGCUGCCGGAGUCAUUUUAUCGACCUCACUUGUUCAUGUGCUUCCCGAUGCGUUCGAUGCACUUGCGGAUUGCCAUGUCUCUUCGCAUCAUCCAUGGAAGGACUUUCCGUUCUCCGGUCUGAUUACUUUGAUCGGAGUAUUAACGGCGCUGUUAGUGGAUUUAACGGCGACAUCGCAUGUUGAUGGAUACAGUCACGGGCAUGGACAUGGAAAUGGAAAUAAGGAGGUUGCCGGUUACACACAGAUUGGAGGGAGUGAGGAAUUGAAGAAAUCCGUGGUGGAGAUAGAGGUGGUGGAAGCGGAGGAGGAGAGACGGCGGUUGAAGGAGGAUGAGAUGGUGAAGAUGAAACAGAAGAUGGUUUCUCAGGUGUUAGAGAUAGGGAUCAUAUUCCAUUCGGUGAUCAUCGGAGUAACGAUGGGGAUGUCACAGAACAAGUGUACGAUUAAGCCGUUGGUGGCGGCGUUGGCGUUCCAUCAGAUCUUCGAAGGGAUGGGCCUCGGCGGUUGCAUCGCUCAGGCAGGAUUUGGAUUCGGAACCACAGCUUACAUGUGCUCCAUGUUUGCGGUGACAACGCCAAUGGGGAUCGUGUUGGGGAUGAUCUUGUUCUCGGUGACAGGGUAUGACGAUAGCAGCCCGAACGCAUUGAUCCUUGAAGGUCUUUUGGGUUCGUUGUCUUCAGGGAUACUCAUAUACAUGGGUCUUGUGGAUCUCAUCGCUCUCGAUUUCUUUCAUAAUAAGUUGAUGAGUUCAGAAACUUGGUUAAAAAAGACCUCGUUUGCAGCCUUAGUUCUCGGCUCUACUUCCAUGUCGAUUCUUGCUCUUUGGGCUUGAAGUUUCACACCUAAAUCGAUCAUAGUAAUGUACAACUGACAUCUACAUUGCGUUUCUAUAAAAAUCAACUCUUUCCCAAUCA